AUGUCACCCAGAUGCAGCCUGCUCUGCCUCGGUCCUCUGACCUUCCACCGUCAGGCUGUGGGAGACAAGGUGCGCCUGAGUAAAGGGGGUCGACGUGCAGAGAAGACUGAGACCACGUUCAAGAAUGGCCUGGUGUUCAGCAGCCGUCCAGUGAAGGUCCAGGAGAGGAUUCGUCUGAGAGUGGAGAAGAAUUCAUUUAUCUGGGAGGGAGCUCUGUGUGUGGGCUUUACCAACGUGCCGCCCUCAGCCAGAUCUCUGCCUCUGCCCUGCAUGGCCAUCCCCAACCUCACUGCCAGGCCCGGGCACUGGGCUGUUCCUGUGCAUAAAUCCUACUGCCAAGCAGGUUCAGAGCUGGAGUUUUGGUUUUCUUCUGGUGGCAGCAUAUACGCAGAGAUCAACAACAGGCAGUACAAGCUGCUAACAGGACUGGACCUCAGCCAGCCACUGUGGGCCAUGAUAGACAUCCAUGGGCAGACUUCCUCUAUUUUGCUCUUAGGCUCAAAGAAAAAAAUGCUGUUUUACACCAGAAGAUCCUGUCCUGCACCUGAGCCUCUCAUCACACCUGAUGCUCACAAUCCUGAUAUUUCAGGCCUCAGUGAUGAUGACUGCAUUUCCCGUCUUGACAAGAAGAUCCUAGCAGGAGUGUUUUCACAUGCACUUCAGGUGUUAAAGGCAACAACACUUCCCACUCAAACUCAACUCAACUCAUCAUCCAUCAGGACUCACUUGACAAGUGUUAUCCACCUCUUUAAGAUGGCAAAGGAAAGUAAGAAGAAGGGCUCUGAUCUUCUGUCAGAGGUGUCACACAGAUGCAGCCCACUCUGCCUCGGUCCUCUGACCUUCCACCAUCAGGCUGUGGGAGACAAGGUGCGCCUGAGUGAGGGGGGUCGACGUGCAGAGAAGACUGAGGCCACGUUCAAGAAUGGCCUGGUGUUCAGCAGCCGUCCAGUGAAGGUCCAGGAGAGGAUUCGUCUGAGAGUGGAGAAGAAUUCAUUUAUCUGGGAGGGAGCUCUGCGUGUGGGCUUUACCAACGUGCCGCCCUCAGCCAGAUCUCUGCCUCUGCCCUGCAUGGCCAUCCCCAACCUCACUGCCAGGCCCGGGCACUGGGCUGUUGCUGUGGAUGAAUCCUACUGCCAAGCAGGUUCAGAGCUGGAGUUUUGGUUUUCUUCUGGUGGCAGCAUAUACGCAGAGAUCAACAACAGGCAGCACGAGCUGCCAACAGGACUGGACCUCAGCCAGCCGCUGUGGGCCAUGAUAGACAUCUAUGGGCAGACUUCUUCUAUUUUGCUCUUAGGCUCCAAGCGAAAAAAGCAAUGUUACACUAAAAGAUCCUGUCCUGCACCCAAGCACCUCACCUCACCUGAUGCUCACAAUCACUUUGGUUCAGUUCCUGAUGUUUCAGGCUUCAGUGGUGAUGACUGCAUCUCCUGUCUUGACAUGGAGAUCCCGCCAGAUAAAAGUUGUGUGGUGUGCAUGGUGAAGGAGGCCCGAAUCACACUGCCUUGUGGUCACCGGUGUUUGUGUAACAAGUGCAACUCCAGAGUCUGCGAGCAGUUUGGCACCUGCCCGCUGUGUCGACAUGAGAUCAGAGCUCCAUCGGUGGAGCAGAGGUGUGUUUCAGGGGUCGUCUGA